GUGUUUACCGGGAGCACCUCCUGCGCGGUGCGACUUUUCCUCGGUUGUCUGGAGGAGGGAGGAGGGGGUGAGGCUGUGUGGCUGCAGGAAGGGAGCUGGGUGAUGGAGACAGGCCUGUGGUAUUCUCACUGAGGUUUCACAGUCUUGGACAGUGCAGCUUCCAACUCAAUUGACCAAACCAUCCAGAACUGCAGUGUAUGGGAAAAUAAUCUCUAAAAAUGAGCUUGGGACCCUGGAUUUGUUGCGAAAAGACGGCCGUUCUCCAUGGUGGCUUUCUGUUGGCCCAGAAGCAAAGUCAACACAAAAUACUUUUGGAAAUGAAGAAAUCUGAUUGGGCAACCUUAGGGAAACCUAUUGCCUGUGCAGUACAUGAGAUCUGUGUUGGAGGGACUGACAUGACACAAGACCCCGCAGAAGCCAAGCACUGGCAGAGGAAAGUACUCGCUUUUGUAUGGGCAAAGCUACUGAACUCUAAUGUAAGUGGGAUUGAUAUUAAGGAAGAACAAAAUUCGGAUGCUGAGAGUGACAGAAAGUGGAAGGAAGAUCUUUUCUUUUCAGCAGAAAGCAUGAUUCCAGAGAUAAAUUACAUUGUUUUAUUUGAGCUGGUGAAAUCAUUGGGGGCCUCAGGAGUCUUUGUUGAGCUGCUUUUGACAUUGCCAGCAGACGUACGCCACCUGGAAAUGACUCGUUUUGUAGACCAUGUUCUCGACGGCACCUCCGAUGAUGAUGUGGCCAUCUUUCUAGAUGUGUGGUGGGAACUAAUGAAGCAAAAUGAAGGACAAAGGGAUGAAAUUGUUCUAACAUUUGGGGAGGAAGCUAAAAAAUACCUGGCACGUGUACCUGAUGAAUUCUGUCAUUCCUCCAAGAGACUGAAACUAGAUCCUGAUGUUUCUCCUUUGUUACCUUCGGAGAGCUUGUCUGGAUCUUCGAGUAACCUGUCCAUUCCUUUUCUCCUAAUAGAUUGUCUUAAGAGACUGAAAAGUCAUAUUAACCCUUAUGCUUAUAAGUGCUCUGCCCUGGCAAAGCUGUCAGACACGAUAUGCAAUUCGGUACUUUGUGACAAUAUUGUUGAAUUGCCCGCUGAGGUAUAUUUAGAGAAAUUUUCCAGACUGAUGGCAUUAGGUAAUCCCAUGGUUCAAAAGUUUCCAGUAACAGAAAAUUUCAUCAGGCGUGUGAAGGAGACAGAGAGAGAGCUGAGAGCCUCUUAUCAGAAGUCUGCAUUCAAGCUGCCACAGGGAGCACUGACUCCAGGGAUUGAGGUGCUUGAUGAUCUUUUCCAAUCAUGGGAGACUGUUCUCCAAACUGAGCCCGAGAAUGGCACCGAUGUUCAGAAGAGAAGCCUCACAAUUUAUAGAAUGGCAGAAAGUUUGAAAAGCUUAAGUGAAACCUCUCCACUGCUUCAAAAUUCCAAGAUAGUAUCUCAAAGUGCAAAGAAAAGUCUGUCUGAUCUCCUGCUCAAGUUAACUGCCUUCGUGCAGAAGAUUGGCCCCCAUUUGCCAUUAGUUGAUGCUGCUACCACAGAUAAAGUUAAGUUUUAUCUUGCUUUGACAGUAAUUGAUGGGAGAAUGGAAAGAUAUGCCGAGAUAUGUGAAAUAUUUGCAUCAAGUCCUGCUUGGGCUUUUUCCGAAGAUGACUGGCUUGAUUGUCUUGAAAGAAACAGAGAUAUUUUUCAUGAUACUGGUUUAGUAUUAAGGUUAGUUGGAACACUUAAAGAUGUGUCAUCUUGCGGAGUCAAUGAGGCAUCAAAGGUCAAACGUUUGAUGAAUGUUGUUUUAGAUUGUUUGUCUGCCCUCUCAAUCUCCGACAAAAAUAAAGCACUUUUGGGAGUCCUGUCCUCCUAUGGGAGCAAAGGGCUCUGUAGGGAUGGGGGGGCUUUUAAAGCUUGGUUUGAAGAGGAGGUGAACAUGACGUUCAAUUGUAUUACACAAAGUGAGGCUAUAAACAACAUUGAUAAAGCAGUGACUGCCAUUGCAAGGGUUGCUUUUUUAAACCCGGAAGCCACCCUGCAGAAAACGUGCCACUUGGCCGCAGUGAAUCUGGGUGCCCACAAGCUCCUUGGCCAGAUCUUGAAGAGCCUGCCAGCACUGUCUUUUGAGGAUCAGUCCUCAGAUGGGCUAAAUAUCUUGGCCAGGUGUCUCCUGGAAGCUGCUUGGGACAGCUUUGCCACUGCCAAGGAGGAAAAUCAGUUUCUGGAGUUCCUGACAUCUCUUAUGGAACCGGGAGAAGGAAUUGAUCAAGAGCCUCCAAGUCCUCUCCUCCAACCAGCCGACGGCAUAAAGAUAUUCGUCCUUCCUUAUCUGAUAGAAAGUAACUCUGGUAUUGACUUUCCUCUCAAAGUUCUUAACAAUGCUCUAAAGAUGCCAGUGACUGACGAUGGGACCAAAAAGCACUGGCUACUUGCCUGUUGCCCAUUCCCUCUCAUUUUUGCUCUUUCCCAGCUUCUGAAUCAGUGCAUCUUGUGCUGGGAGGAGGAUGUUAAUAAAACAUUGCAUCACAUUUCUAUUGAAACAAAAGGCCUCCUAAUUGAGACAUUGGACAUGGUUUGUGAUGCUAUGGAACAGAUAAUUUCUGUAAAUCCAGAGACAUGGUCAACAUCUGUUUGUUGGUUGUACAGAAAAACUGAACGAUUGGACUGGACUGUGCGCCUGCGGUUAAAAAGCAUUUUUGGGGGCCAUUUUAAAUAUGAGGUGCCUGCCACGUUGUUUGAGGUCUGUGACCUCUCUGACGAUGGUUGGUCACCACUUGACCUUCCACAGUAUGGUCCAGGCACUGGGCUGCUUGCCUGGAUGGAAUGUUGUUGCAUCUCUACUCAUAUGAUGGAGCAGAUGCUGUCCCACCUAACGAUUGAUGCUAAAAAUGUUGAGGACGUCAACAUGUUCAGUAAAGGCUUUCUAAUUGCACUGAUCCAGGUCCUGCCUUGGUGCAGCUCCAGUGAAUGGCGAAGACUCAACCAUGUAGUGAAGAGCCUUCUGCAGCGCGAAUUGCUUCACGUGCCAUAUACCCUGGAAUAUGUUCAUUACAUGCCGCUGCUCAACCUCCGACCUUUUGCCCAUCACCUACAGUUCUCUCAGCUUUUGCUGAGGGCCUUUCAGCUGAUCUGCAGUUGUAGCUGCUCUGACUGGCUUCCAACAGCAGGAUGGAAGUAUGUCGCAAGGCAGUGUGCCAGCAGUAUGUCAGAUAUUUUGGAGUCUGUCAGGUGCAAACUCAAAGGCCAUGGAGCUCAGAAUGCAGACGGAAGUCAGGAAGCCAUUUUUGUUGUUGUGCAGCUCUUUUGCCAUGUCAUUCACAUUAUGGUAAUGAUGCCCAGUGGCACCUCCGAGCCUCUGUAUUACGUAUCCUUGGAGCUGCUUUCCCAGUAUGAGACCCUGACAAUGGCCAAUACCUCUACCUCUGGGUUACUCAGCAAAGUCGAUGAAAAGCUUUUCCUCCACUCCAUUGCUGAGAAUCUGGCCAGCGAAGAGCAACGCUCUGUAUUACUGCAGAAAAUCAGCAAAAUCUGUUGAGUCUUUUUUUUUCUCCCCUCAACCUGCUGGUGUUUGACAUUGCAGCAGUUUUAUAUUGUAAGGACAAGAUAAAUCUUAUUUUGAAAACCCCUAGUGCUGCUAUGAGAAACUGUGUUCUUUUCCGAUGUGAGAGGUCUUCAGAAGCAAUAGAGAUUCAAAGUUACCUGGGAGCAACUGCCAGAUAAUUAUCUCAGCAAUGAGUUGGUAUAUAGUCUUAAACUGAGACUGAAUCCUGAGUCGUUUACAGCCAUCGUCUGGACAUCAAAUUAGAAUGAUAAGCCUUUAAAACAGAGUGUACGGUGUAUGUGCAAAUAUCAUAUCUCUUGAGACUUUAACUCAACUUUUUUUUUUAGGUUACUUUCUUUGUUUUUUUGCCUUUUUAAGGUCCAUAUGCCACCCCUGAGCAGGCAAAGUGCUGCAAGACCUCUGCCACAGGGAAACAUACACCCUAUACAGGCAUGUAAGAAGGCUCAGUGCAAAACAAUGUUCCCUCUGCUUUAUUUCUUUUCCUCCAUGUGUAGUUAAAGGCUUCUACAGACAUUAAAAAUCUUCAAAAAGA